AAUAAAAUCUCAAAAGAAGGAGGAAACGAUUAUUACUGAACUGAAAGUGAAACUUAUGUUCUUGAAAAAUGGCGUCACAAUCUUUUGCUGAAGAGGAUUUAUCUUGUCCAGUGUGCUGUGAUAUUUAUAUAAAUCCUGUUCUUCUGCCAUGUAGCCACAGUGUUUGUUCAAGCUGUAUUCAGAAGGUUUGGGAAAAUAAAACAUUAAAAGAAUGUCCGGUUUGCCGAACAACAUCUUCAAAUGAUCGUCCUCCGUUAAAUCUGGCAUUGAAGAACCUGUGUGAGAGUUUUCAAAAGGAGAGAAGACAGAGAUCUUCAUCUGAAGAUGAAACGGUCUGCAGCUUUCACAAAGAGAAGCUCAAACUCUUCUGUCUGGAUGAUCAACAGCUCGUGUGUUUGGUGUGUCGAGACUCCAGAAAACACUCCAACCACAGAUUCUGUCCCAUCGAUGAAGCUGCGAUGGACAAUAAGGAGAUACUCAGUACUUCAUUGGAACGCUUACAGGAGGAACUGAGAAUAUCUGUGAAUCAUGAACAAAAUCUGUGUAAAUCUGCUGAAGAUAUUAAGUUUCAAGCUCACCUCACAGUGACGCAGAUUAAACAGGAGUUUGAGGAGCUUCACCAGUUUCUACGCAAUGAAGAAGUGUUGAGAAUAACAGCACUGAGAAAGGAAGAAGAGCAGAGGAAUCAGAUGAUGGAGGAGAAGAUGCAGGAGAUGACCAAACAGAUUUCAUCUCUCACAAACAUAAUCAGAGACAUAGAGCAGCAGAUGAAGGCUGAAGAUGUUUCAUUCCUGCAGAACUUUAAGGCCACAUUGCAAAGAGCCCAGUACAGCCUUCCAGAUCCAGACCCCAGUCCAAGUGUGACGAUCACUUUCACAGAUCACCUGACCAACCUGAAGCUCAAUGUCUUACAGAAGAUGCAGGACAAUGUUGGUGAAACUUCAGACUUAACUAAUGACUGGGGGGCAUGGCCCGAAAAAGAUUCACAGCAAGUAAAAGAAAAGAAAACGAGAACAUUAACUAAUGACUGGGGGGCAUGGCCCGGAAAUGAUUGGCAGAAAGUAAAAGAAAAGAAAACAAAAACAUUAACUAAUGACUGGGGGGCAUGGCCCGGAAAUUAUUGUCAGAAAGUAAAAGAAAACAAAACAAAAACAUUAACUAAUGACUGGGGGGCAUGGCCCGGAAAUUAUUGGCAGAAAGUAAAAGAAAACAAAACAAAAACAUUAACUAAUGACUGGGGGGCAUGGCCCGGAAAUGAUUGGCAGAAAGUAAAAGAAAAGAAAACGAGAAAAGUAACUAAUGACUGGGGGGCAUGGCCCGCAAAAGAUUCACAACAAGUAAAAGAAAAUGAAAUGAAAACAGUAACUAAUGACUGGGAGUCAUGGUCCUAUAAACGGUUCCCCACAAGUAAAAGAAAAUGAAACGAGAAAACUAAACUGUUAAAAUAAUCAGUGUUGCAAUCUGAUGUACUUAUGCUGAAACACCAUUAACAUUCCAGUUACACUUCAAUUGCACAUCAUCAAAUUCCUGACCAUUACAAAGCUUCUAAUA